AUGAUGCAAGAAUUGGGCUCUGGUAUUUGUCCAUAUGUCAUAGACUACUACGGUGCAAUGAUUGAUACAGAGCAUAGUGAACUAUGCAUAUGUAUGGAGUUAAUGGAUACAACAGCCAAGAAAUUCUACGAAAUUCUACAUCUACUCGGAGACAAUUUUAGUAUCAAUUUUAAUCGUUUUCUAUGUCGUCUAGUUCACAAUAUUGCUUCGGCACUUGGAUUUUUGGCAGAGGAAAAAUAUCUUCAUCGAGAUAUCAAACCAGACAAUAUACUCGUCAGUAACGGUGCUGUUUUUAAACUGAGUGAUUUUGGGACUUGCUGCAAAAUAAAUGAAACAGAUUCGGUGCAGAGCGGUGUUAUGGGCACUAUUGCCUAUUUUCCACCUGAACUUGUGCAGAUACCAUCCAAGCCGAGCACCAUUCAAGGUGAUAUGUGGGCGUUGGGCAUGAGUUUGCUCGAAAUUGUCCUCGGCAAACAUCCGUGUCUUGCUUCGGAUGACUCUGCUCAAUAUCGGAAAAUUGCAGCGUGGAAUCCCGAAGUCCCAAUAGCGAUCAUCUCCGACAAUAUCAGGCGAUUUAUUUUACAAUUAUUGAACAAAAAAGCUGAACAACGACCUCGUUCUUAUACGGAGAUUCUCAAUAUACCUUUUAUUCGAAAUCUACCUCAAGAACCAACAAAUGAUGAAUGUAUUUUUAUUAAUAAUAUCAUUCAGUUUAGUCAUGAAUUUGGUAGUUGA